AUGGAACUACUUUCUACCUGGGGCAAAUUUGUCCCGAACUACAAAUGUGACACCCAGGACAACCCAGCAGCUGUCAUUGGAGGACCUACUUCUAACGUUUGUCUUUUCAUGGCAGAUAUCUUGAGCGCCUAUAAAUUUACACAGGUUUCAGGAUUCCAUGAAUUUCUGCAGAACAGGAAACUAGACACCGAUCAAGAGGAUGGCUUUAUCGGGGACUUCUGGCAACAGGCAUUCAUGUGUUCUUUUCCCGGGCUCAAUUUAGACGAGUCCCCUGAAAAUAUCUGCACUGAGGAGAACAAGCUGGAGACUCUUCCUAUGUCUGUUUUUGAAAUGCAUGUGGAUGACUGCUUUCAAUGUCCAGGAGAUCAUUAUCCAAACAAGUUUAAGGAUUUCUGCAUCCCCAAAUCUCUAACUUUCCUCACUUUUGAAGAUGCUCUGGGAACAGGUUUGGCCAGCUCUGCUCUUCUCCUUUUUUGUGUGACUGCUGGAGUGCUUGGGAUCUUCAUCAAACACCGGGACACUCCCAUUGUCAAGGCCAAUAAUCAGAAUCUCACCUAUACUCUUCUCAUCUCCCUCCUGCUCUCCUUCCUUUGUGCUCUGCUGUUCAUUGGAAAGCCACAGAAGAUGACCUGUCUCUUUCGUCAGACAGCUUUUGGCAUCAUCUUCUCGGUGGCUGUUUCUUCUGUGUUGGCAAAAACUAUCACUGUGAUUCUUGCUUUCCAAGCCACCAAGCCCGAAUCCACAUUGAGGAAAUGGAUGGGGAAAAGAACAGCCACCGCCAUUAUUCUCUUCUGCUUCCUCAUUCAAGCUACAAUUUGUACAGUAUGGUUGACUACCUUUCCUCCAUUUCCAGAUUUUGAUGUAAACUCAAUGGCUGAAGAAGUCAUUCUAGAAUGUAACGAAGGUUCUGUUUUCAUGUUUUAUUGCCUCCUGGGUUUUAUGGGUUUCCUGUCUAUUUGCAGCUUCACUGCAGCUUUCUUUGCCAGGAAGUUGCCUGACAGUUUCAAUGAAGCCAAGUUCAUCACCUUUAGCAUGUUGGUCUUCUGCAGUGUGUGGAUUUCCUUUGUGCCAACGUACUUAAGCACCAAGGGAAAAAACAUGGUGGCCGUGGAGAUCUUCUCAAUUUUGGCUUCCAGCACCGGGUUACUAGGUUUUAUAUUUUUCCCCAAAUGCUAUAUCAUUGUUCUGAGACCUGAAAUGAAUAGAAAAGAACAAUUAAUAAAAAGAAGACAUUAAUCAAAUUUUCUGUUAGCCCUUUUGUCACUGUUUGUCUUUUCUUUGGGAUUCGAUUCUUAAGGUAGAAAGAACUAUCUUCAUUAUAGAUGAUAUUUUGGUACAGAAGCACAAUAUAUGAUAAACCCUCAUAAUUUCAACAAUGGGAUGGAUAUCUGUUGUAGUUUGUAUUCAGCUAAUUAGAAUACAAAAUGCCAGUAUUAUAAUGUGGAAUGGAAUUUGGAGUGCAAAAAUAAAAAAGAGAUUGACUGAAGAGGUUUACAUUCUUUGUAAACCCUUGUCACUUCACAUACACUAUCGAUAUUCUAGAGAAUUCAAGGCUUUUUCAUGCCAUGUUCCAAUUUCUCUCAUGUUCUGAGAGACCAAGGCAAUUCUGAACCAUAGCUUCCAGCCAGUGAGGUAACUACUUCUGUUUAUUCUGGAUGGGAUUUGCAGACCUCUUCAGUUAGUGUCUCAUUCAUUUAUAUUUAUGGUUUUUACAGGCAUGAGAUAAACUCAGAGAACUAUUAAUGUUUUGAGAUUUUGUUGAGAUUCCUCAAUCAUACAAGUCCAAAAUCAUUGUAUGUAUUAGUUCUGUAUGAUGCACACAUACACCAUUCCACAUAUGGGAUGCUUAAUACACUGGCACAACAUUUUCAGGUUCUUUCAACAAUUUGAUUGGAUUUACAAUUUUUCUAUGGUGCUCAAGCACAGUCUAUCUUGGAAACAUUUGUGUACUGAUUAUAGGGGUUUAAAUAUCAUAUGCACCACCAAGAAAUAUCCCUUACCCCUGAUACAAGACAUGUUAUCACACCUAUCCCAAGGAAAAAACUUUACAAAAUUAAACUUAAAGGAGGUAUACUACAGAAUCGGAAUUAAGGCUGGAGAUGAAUGGGAAACAGCCUUUAAUUGUCUUCUGGGAUCAUAUCAGUACCAGGUAAUGCCAUUUGUCUUGGUUGGAACCCCCAGGGUUAUCAUGCAGUUCAUCAAUGAAAUACUACAUCUGUAUCUUUAUAAGGGAGAUUUAGUCUAUCUUGAUGACAUAUUAUUUUUUUAGCGUCAUUAGAAGAACACAAAAUUUGACCAGGCAGGUAUUAACAAACUUACAGGAAGCACAGCUCUAUGUCAAGUUGUCCAAAUGUGAGUUCCAUAGAGAAGAACUAGACUACCUGAGGUUCCACAUUUCUAAGAA